ACAAAUUCAUCUCGUGGAAGUUACAAUUAUUUGCUUUUGAUAAGAUUUCUCAGGAGCCACUCAACAUUUGCAAGUGCUUCGUUACUGUAGAUUGGAACAUGGAUUUCAAAGUAGGUACCUAAGUGAAACUAAUUAAUUCCAUCAUGCCUUUAAAAUGUAUGAAUAAAAUCAGUAUUUUAUUUACGUGAAUAUUCAGAAGAGAUUCAACAAUAUGGCUUUCAAGUUCGGUUUACUGGUGUUAGUCAGCGCAUACAUCUGCAGCACGCAGGCGUUGCGUUCCUGCAUUUGCUCCAAGGAAGACAUUCCCGUGUGUGGUUCCGACGGCAACAAUUACAUUAACCUUUGCUAUCUUGAGUGUGCUCAAUACACUUCAAAGAAAGUUAUCACAGUCGUCAAGCAAGGCCCUUGCGAUGAUCCCUUACCCCCAAUCCCAGGCUGCUUCUGCCAUAUGAAUUACAGCCCCGUUUGCGGCACUGAUGGCAAGACAUAUGGUAACAAGUGCGCCUUGGACUGUGAGAAGAAUCGCAAUCCUGGUCUGAACUUGAAACAUGACCGUCCGUGCGUCCAAAACAAAUUAAUUUCGUGGAAGUUACAAUUAUUUGGUUUUGAUAAGAUUUCCGAGAAGCCGUGCACAUUGCCAAUAAAUAUUUGCAAGAGCUUCGUUACGAGAAAUUGGAACAUGGGUUUCAAAUUGGGCAUACUGAUUGGCACUUCGUUGCUUCUAGUACCACAACCAAGUACCAGUAUGAGGGCGUGCACAAGUUUCCAAGACCUAGCGGAACCUUGCGGCUGCACGCUGACCAAAGAGAAUUUUGACCCACUGUGCGGAUCUGAUGGGAAUACAUACUUAAACACAUGCUUCCUCCAUUGUCGACAGACGAUAGGAUCAGGCACUCUUAGUCUGGCCUAUAGAGGAAUCUGUUCGAAAGAAAACCGGUGUACUUGUCAUGCUGAUUAUAGACCGGUUUGUGGCACCAACGAAAUCACUUAUUCGAAUGAAUGCGUUUUGAAGUGCCACAUGAACAAGAAUCCGUCACUCCAAUUGAAGCAUAAUGGGGAGUGUGGUGGUAACCAGAAACAACGGUUGAGAUCGAGAGUAACAAAGACAUGCAUUUGCAAUCCCGCCACCGGUCCCAUAUGUGCCACGAACGGCGUGUCAUAUGCCAACUACUGCGUGAUGAGAUGCAAGGCCGAGGCUAACAAUGAUAAAACCAUACAGUUCUCCUACUGGGGAAUGUGCUCCUCACAGGAGGACGGGCCUCAUGAUCAAGCCACCAGGAAGCCAUCGGUUGUCAAGAUAGCGCCGCGGUUGAAUACAGAAGACAAACAACAAGCAUGUGAUUGUCCCAUGUAUGCCAUUUCGUAUUUCACUCGAUGUGGCAGCGACCGUGAUCUCUCUUCACCGAAUUGCUUCUGUGUGCCCAAAUCACAGAAUACGAAGUAUGAAGACCCUUGUAACGGCCAACGAUCACGGCCAGAAGACGACCAGCUAAACUCGGUAUUAUCGAAGACGUGCUUUUGCGCCGCCGUUCACAAGCCUGUGUGCGGCUCCGACCGACAGACAUAUGCCAACAUGUGUGUCCUGCACUGCCGAGCUAAGAAGAAACCCGACAUCAGGUUCCUGCAGUGGGGGGACUGUCACGAUGUGAGCCUGGUAAGCCGGCUGCAGGAGACGCCGACAUAUUAUACGUAUACUCGGUCGGACACCGAUCGAGAUCGCCUCUUUUUCUAAUGUUCCUGAUUAUCUCAGAUUUACGGUUUACAAUG